UAAGAUUUUUAAUUAGCUGAUAAAACAAUAAAAUAUUGCAACAUAGUAAUUGACGCAUAUAUAGGGAUUGCGAAAUUUAUGAGUUAAUAGCAGAACAAUUUAAUAUUUUCAAUUUUAAACAAGUCAGUAAAAUCCAGGGUGAAAUCUAAUUUGAACUUACGUUUUAAAGCUGGAUAUUUAAUACUUCUGUCGAGACUUCUGUAAAUAUUUAUGAGUUGUAAGUAGGGAUAAGCAAAAAUGUAGAAAUUACUUUUUAUGAGUACCUAGUGAAAGUGUGACCUUACUUAAAUUAUUAGCAGCAAUCUUUUGUCUCAGAGAAGUCCUGUUUCAGAAGCCAUGAUUUUUAUAAGUGAAGCAGAAAUCGCCUCCCUUCUCACCUGGGAGGGGACCCUAAAAGCGACCGAAGCAGCCCUAAAAGCAGCUUCCAAUGGUACCUCUGCCAAAACUCAACGACUCUACACGCAAAUCCUGAAUACUCCCAAAUGGAUGAUAACGAUGCCUGGAUAUUUAGAGGACAGCAAAUACGGAGGUUGGGCUUGCAAAACUUUAACUGGAAAUCCUCAAAAUGUUAAUGGUCCAACUCUGAAUGCUAAUAUCAUGCUUUUUGAUGAGAGGAGUGGAGCACUUAAAACUGUUUUGUCUGGAACUGAAAUCACUAAUUGGAGGACAGCUGCAGCUUCAGCAGUGGCUACAAAAUAUCUACACUCACGAGUAUCCAAUCCUGAAAAGGUUUUGAGCAUUUUUGGGUGUGGAGAAAUAGGCAGGGCACAUGCUCAUUGUUUCUAUAACAGUUUUGAGUUUAUAGAGAUCAGGCUUUGGAAUAGGACCCUCCAAAAAGCCCAAAAACUGGCCAGCGAACUGAACGAAAAAUACAACACCACAAAAUUUAGAGUUUUCGAAAACAAGGAAGCUUGUGCCAGAGAUGCGGAUGUCAUUAUUACUGCUACAUCACCUGGAAAAGUUCCUCUGAUCAAAUACGAAUGGCUUAAAGAGGGAGUACACAUCAAUGCUACUGGCGUCGUAGGUUCAUCUUUAUCCGACAAAACCUUCGAACUGGAUAGAGAAAUUUACAAGCACUCAGAAGUUUACGUCGAUAAUUGGCCGGGUGCAAAUGCAGAACUGGGAGAGCUUACAGGGUUCGGUGCAAACAUGAAAGCCGAAGUCGGUGAAGUUAUUUUAGGUAAAAUCGCUGGGCCCGAUGGAAAACAAAUAAGUGUGUUUCAAAGUUUGGGAAUGGCUUCAGAAGAUUGUGCAAUGGCAAGAUUGAUUUACGAUUUGUACAUGAAGAAGCAGCAAAAAAAUACACAUUAAUUAGAUUAUAUUUUUAUUACAAUUGACAUCCAUUUUCAACUACACUGGACUACUAACUACUCCUAAAUAUAGUUUGCUUGGUCCACAGAAAAGGACGUGUUUUAUAACAAAGAGCAAAUAAUUCUUAUAGCAGAAAACUAUUAUAAUAAAGUUUCAAUAAAAUAUAUUCAAAAGGAAAACAAACAACAGGAUUUUAAUAAGAAAUAUACUAUACCUUAUAUAGGCUCUGUCAAGUUAGUCAAAGUGUGCUUUACUGAGCCGAUGAUAUUUUGAACUGUGUUAUAGGAAGAACAAGAUGAGGGGCUAACUUGAUGCUCAGCCCCUCCAAAAUGUUGGAAAUCAGAUCGAAAAAAAAUGAAUUCUCAUGCAAUCUGAAGUGUGCUGAAUUGUGCUGUAUGAAGUUUUUUUUGAAAAUUUUCAUAUUAGGCUAUUUUUCAACCAAAUCCUACUGGGGGGCUAACUUGACGCUCAGCUCUCUCAAAAUUUUGGAAAUCAGAUCAAACAAAAAUAGAUUCUUAUGCAAUCUGAAGUGUGCUGAACUAUGCUGUAUCAGGUUUUUCUCAAAAUUUCCAUAUUCGGUUAUUUUCUCACAAAAUCCUACUGGGUGGAUGUAACUUGACGCUCAACCCCCCAAAAUUUUUGAAAUUAAAUCAAACAAAAAUGGAUUCUUAUUCAAUAUUUAAUUGCUCGGAGUAGGUGUGAGUGCCGUACUAUUUUUGCGUAAGGAUUUCGCUGUUGAAGUGUAUCCUACAAAAAAUUAAAAUUCAAUCUAGUCCACACUUCAGAUUGAAUAGGAAUCCAUUUAUGUUCGAUUCGAUUUUCAAGAUUUUGGGGGGCUGAGCGUCAAGUUAGCCUCCUAGUAGGAUUUUGUCGCAAAAUAACCGAAUAUGAAAAUUUUCAGAAAAACCUGAUACAGCACACUUAAUAUUACAUAAGAAUCAAUUUUUGUUUGAUCUGAUUCCCGAAAUUUUUGGGAGCCUGCGCGUCAGUUACUAGCCCCCCACAGUAGGAUUUUGCCGGAUAAUGACCGAACAUGCCUGGAUUAGGGGGGGGCGGCUAAAGGGGUUGGGGAGCCCUGGAACCCGGGCCCCGUGGUCCGCAGGGGCCCAACUUUUGAAAAACGCACGUUGAGGCGUUGAGUAGAAACGUCUACAAAGAUAAUCAUUAAGUCAUAUAAUCCAAGUACAUUUUAGAAAAUUGAUCCGUUUCCGAAUGUGUACACUAUUUUUAAAAAUUUAUUUGUCAAUACCUAUAACCAAAGUUACGGAAAAGAUAUUUUGACUUAUUUUCGUAAAUCAUGUAGGUAUACCACCGUCUUCUGUUAUAUCAGGAAUAUAGUUUUCUUUUUAUAUUCAAGGCGAGCCCGAAAUAGGUGCGCAUUUUGUUAUGAUAGAUAGAGUACAGUAGGACAAUCACUUUUUGCAUAAGUACCUACAUGGGUCCACAAAUUUUGACUUUUUGGUUUUAGAUUCAAAAUGCCUUGAGCGAUUUUUUUCAAAUUUUCGGAAUGUUUGCUAUGUUCUCAAGCAUCUUUCUAAAAAAUUCGUUCGAGUUCCACUUUUCUAGGACCGGAUCUAGAGCAAUUCUCAUUUUUUUAAAAGGAAAACUUGGUACGCCCCUAGGUUUUCUGACAAAUUUUAAAUUAUUUUUUGAUUCCUUGUUUAAUUUUAGACAAAAAAGAUAUCUUGAAUUUUUCUUGUUCGAUGCGGCGUUUACGAGCUAAAAAAUAAAAAUCAAUGUAUUGUUUGGAAAAUUUCGUUGUUCGAUACACUUCCCAGCUAAAAAAAUAAGAGUCGGUCUAGGUCCGGUCCUGGAAAAGUGGAACCCAAAUGGAUUUUUCAGAAAGAUGCUUGAAAACAUCGCAAACACUAUGAUAAUUUGAACAAAAUCGCUCAAGGCAUAUUUAAUCUAAAGACAAAAAAUCAAAAUUUUCCGAAAAUUUCAACACCCUGCAUUUUCUUAACGAGACGUUUGUCUACAUGUUUCCGUACCUAUGCAAAGAGUGAUUGUCCUAUUGAACUCUAUUUAUCAUAGGAAAAUGUGCACUUAUUUCGGACUCACGCUGUAUUUUUUUGUACCCCUAAAACUUCCUUAGCUCCGGGCCCCAUGAAAGCUUAAUCCGGCCAUGUGACCGAAUAUGGAAAUCUUGAGAAAAAUUUGAUACAGGACAGUCCAGCACAAUUCAGAUUGGUUGAGAAUCCAUUUUGGUAUCAUCUGAUUUUCAAAAGUUUGGGUGGGCUAAGCGUCAAGUUAGCCCCCCCAGUAAAAUUUUGUCAGAAAAUGACCGAAUAUAGAAAUUUUGACAAAAACCUGAUACAGCUCAGUCCAGCACACUUCAGAUUGGAUAGGAAUCCAUUUUAGUUUCAUCUGUUUUCAAAAUUUUGGGGGGGCUGAGCUUCAAGUUAGUCCCCCCAGUAGAAUUUUGUCGGAAAAUUACCGAAUAUGGAAAUUUUGAGAAAAACCUGAUGCAGCUCAGUUCAGCACUCUUCCGAUUGAAUAAGAAUCCAUUUUUCUUUGAUCUGAUUGUCAAAAUUUUGAGGGGGUUGAGCAUCAAGUUAGCCCCCCAGUGGGAUUUUGGCGGAUAAUGACCGAAUAUGAAAAUUUUCAAAAAAACUUGAUACAGCACACUUCAGAUUAGAUAGGAAUCCAUUUUUGUUUGAUCUGAUUCCCGAAAUUUUGGGGGCGCUGCGCGUCAAGAUAGUCCCCACAGUAGGAUUUUGUCGAAUAAUGACCGAAUAUGGAAAUCUUGAAAAAAACUUGAUACAGCACAGUCCAGCACAAUUCAGAUUGCAUAAGAAUCCAUUUUUGUUUCAUCUGAUUUCCAAAAGUCAAGUUAGCCCCCUAGUAGGAUUUUGUCGCAAAAUGACCGAGUAUGAAAAUUUUCAGAAAAACCUGAUACAGCACAGUUCAGCCCACUUCAAAUUGCAUAAAAAUCCAUUUUUGUAUGAUCUGAUUCCCGAAAUUUUGGGAGGGCUGCGCGUCAAGUUAGCCCCCCACAGUAGAAUUUUGUCGGAUAAUGACCGAAUAUGAAAAUCUUGAGAAAAACUUGAUACAGCACAGUCCAGCAUAAUUCAGAUUGGUUGAGAAUCCAUUUUAGUUUCAUCUGAUUUCCAAAAUUUUUGAGGUGCUGAGCGUCAAGUUAGCCCCCUAGUAGGAUUUUGUCGCAAAAUGACCGAAUAUGAAAAUUUUCAGAAAAACCUGAUACAGAACAGUUCAGCACACUUCAGAUUGCAUAAAAAUCAAUUUUUGUAUGAUCUGAUUCCCGAAAUUUUGUAAGGGCUGCGCGUCAAGUUAGCCCCCCAAAGUAGGAUUUUGUCGGAUAACGAUCGAAUAUGGAAAUUUUGACAAAAACCUGAUACAGCACAGUUCAGCACACUUCCGAUUACAUAAGAAUCUAUUUUUCUUUGAUCUGAUUUUCAAAAUUUUGAGGGGGUUGAGCGUCUAGGAUUUUGGCGGAUAAUGACCGAAUAUGGAAAUUUUGAGAAAAAUCUGAUACAGCACAGUUUAGCACACUUUGCAUAAGAAUCCUGGCUAGCAUAACAUAAAAAUCACGACAGACAGAAAAGAAGCAACCGACAGACUGAACGUGAGAAGGGUGAAAGAUAAAAUCGUGGCACACACCCUGAAAACAGCCGAAGAACUUAUGGACCAGGGGAGAGCGGUAGAAUUUGGAUGGAGGAAGGGACAUGACAGGACAAACUAUGGAAAUAGAGAGGCGGACAAAUUAGCGAAACAGGGACAAGCAGAAAACCACAUACUAGACGAACUCACGGAAUACUCUUUCACAAACAGACAAGCCCGCAAGAAAGACAUCAGAGACCAAAGGGUUAUAGAAAGAUGGCAAAGGGCAUAGGAGUUAGAGCCCAAGGGCAGAGAGUUGUUCAGACACUGUGCCCAAGUCGGAUUGGACAGGCUAGACCUGAGUUUCAAGGCCACCCAAUUGGCGACGGGCCACGGUAACUUCCGGCAGUAUCUGCUCCGCUUCAAACUUCAGGAGAUAAAUGAGAACUGUGUCUGUGGGCUGGAUAUACCCUGGAGGACGCUCAACAUGUGCGGGAGGCGUGCGUAGAACCCGACAGAACAUCCAUCAGAACUGAAAUACUACACGAAAAAGGAGACCUUACUAUCAGACUUGGGGUAGACAAUAAAAACCUCAACGCACAGGUAGCUAAACUAAACAAGUGGGACAGUGAAAAAUAGUGACCUAGUGGAAUAGUGUAAAAAACUAAGAACAACCUUAGGCUAAGGAGAACUAGAAUAAGAACUUAGAAUAUGGGCUUGCACGCCAACCUAGAUAAAAAAAAGAGCACACCCGCUAACUAUCCAUGGUCGGAGUUAGGUGUAGGGGUUCUGGAAUUGGAACAGGUGUUGCCUUGACAGUGGUUUUGUUACCUAGUUGGUCCGUAUAUUCAGAUUGGCAAGUUAGCCUCCUCCAGUAGGAUUUUGUCGGAUAAUGACCGAAUAUGGAAAUUUUGAGAAAAACCUGAUACAGCACAGUUCAGCACAUUUCCGAUUGCAUAAGAAUCCAUUUUAGUUUCAUCCGAUUUCCAAAAUUUUGGGGGGGCUGAGCGUCAAGUUAGCUUCCCCAAUGUAGGAUUUUGUCGGAUAAUGAUCAAAUAUGGAAAUUCUGAGAAAAACCUGAUACAGCAUAGUUCAGUACACUUCUGAUUGCAUAAGAAUCCAUUUUUGUUUGAUUUGAUUUCCAAAAUUUUGAGGGGGCUGAGCGUCAAGGUAGCCCCUCAUCUUGUUUUUCCUAUAACUUUGGUAUUGGAACGACACAGUUUAAAAUAUCAUUGGCACAGUAAAGCACACUUCAAGCACAGUAAAUGGUUGCAAUUUUGUUAGAAAAUUCGAAUGUGGUGGGGCUAACUUGACGGAGCCCCUUAUACAAAUGGAGAUAAUUAUUAUAAUGAAGCAGGUUUACAGAAAAAAAUGGGUAGACUAAUGCCUAGAUAUUCCUUGCUUUGCAUUAAUUGAAAAAUAAUUUCUUCACUCAAUGUCUCAAAGAUAAACUAAGAGAGCUUCCCAGGUGUAGAAUUGAUAGGUACUUUUGUGCAGUUUAUACUAACCCAUUAUCUACUGAUAAGCCUAAUAUUCGUUUUGGUUUUUGCUUAAAUUCGAUUAACACAAACAAAAAACAAAGAUAAACAAUCAAAUAUUCACAACACUUACUAGGUUUUGGCAUUUGAACACCCUGUAAUAGAUAAUUUUCACAUUACAAAUCCGGUAAAUAAAUACAUGUUUUCAGUACAAGUUGGAUGAUACCGAAACGACUAAUAGGAUAGUUUACCGGACAAGUGAUGGUACAACAUUUUAUUUCAUACUGUUUAAAAUCAAACAAUAGCAAUUAUUUUCUAUAGACAAUAAUACCAAUAAAAACCAUAGAGUUCUUUGUGGAAAUAGUCUGGUAAUGUUAUGUUGUGUCUGAAAAAGGCAGUUUCCGUAUGAGUUUGGACCUAAAUUUCUUCUAAGAGCAAGAAAAUAAGUUAGAGUAAUAAGUCAAGCAAAACUGCUCAAAUUUGUCUUGCAUCCUUUGAGAUGCACUUAGUGCAAUCUUUCUGCAUACAAUAUGUAAGUAAGACUAAAUUAAUUUGAAUAUCUAUUUAACAAUUAACAUAAUACUUAAAUAUACAGUAUGAAAUAGAGACAAUUGGAAAACCUUAAAAGUCUAUGUCACAUGAUUUAAACUAUAAUACAGUUUCUGAAAAAUUUUAUCGUGCCAGUUCGUUGUUCAUACUGGCACUAUUGUUCAUGCCGUGAUGUAAUACUCCCGCCUCUGGAUACAUUUUUCACGCAUAAUGUAACACAGAGCCACUGUUAUGAGAACAGCGAUGGCUAUUCCCAUUCCGAUGCUGACCCAAAUGAUUUCUUCGUUGAUGCCCUGAUAGGAU